AAACUGACCCACUUAUUAAACUAGAAAAGGAAGAAAUUAUCCAAAAAUUAGGGAGUUUUGGUAUUUUUUAUUCCCAAGAAUUAACCUUACCUUUAUCGCAGUUAAGUAUCGGUUGCCGUCGUAAAGUUCAAUUAAUUAAAAUCAUUCUCCAAGGUGCAAAUGUUUUAAUUUUAGACGAACCUACUAAUCAUAUUGAUUUAUUAAGUUUAGAAAAAAUUGAGCACCAAUUAAUAAAUUUUCCGGGAUCAAUUUUCGCAGUUUCCCAUGACCGUUAUUUUAAUCAAAAAGUUUCCAUGGAUCAAAAUUAUCUAAUUGGUAAGAAUAAUGAACUUCCUUGGAAAGUUCCUACUGAAAUGAAAUAUUUUUCGCAAAUUACUUCUGGAAAUACAGUGCUAAUGGGUGCUAAAACUUUUGAAAGUAUUGGUAAACCAUUGAAAAACCGUCAUAAUAUAGUAAUUACUAAAAAUAAAGAAAAAUAUCAGAACCAGCAAGAUAAAAACUUGAUUUUUACCAGCGAUUUAGAAGGAGUUUUGGAGAACUAUAAAGGAAAUAAAAACCAAGAUAUUUUUGUAAUUGGUGGACGGGAAAUUUAUCAACAAACUUACUUUUAUGCUGAUUUUUAUUAUGUUUCAAUAGUGAAAGGAACCUAUGAAGGAAAUAUUUACUUUCCUUUUCCAAAUGGAGAAGCAAACGAAAAACAAAAAAAACAUUCAUUGGAAAAGCCAUUUAAAAAUUGCAAACUAAUUAAAAGAGAGGAAUUUUCUGACUUUAUUGCUUAUAUUUAUAAAAGCAUAAAAUAA